UGGAAGGCGGGAUAGUGGCGACCCAUACGCAGGAGCUUCCGGCGGCGCGUAGUCGUGAUUGGUGGAGCCUGGGAGAGGGGGCGGGGCACCGGGGAAUUCGAAUGGGAGAGGCGGGCCCAAGGAGGGAGUGGAAUGGCCGCGGGGGGCUCUACGCAGCAGAGGCGACGCGAGAUGGCGGCAGCUUCAGCGGCGGCGACCUCAGGAGCUGGUCGCUGUCGGCUAAGCAAGAUUGGAGCUAGUCGUCGUCCACCUCCAGCUCGCGUAAGGGUGGCUGUGCGACUGCGGCCAUUUGUGGAUGGAACAGCUGGAGCAAGCGAUUCCCCCUGUGUGCGGGGCAUGGACAGCUGCUCUCUAGAGAUUGCUAACUGGAGGAACCACCAGGAGACUCUCAAAUACCAGUUUGAUGCCUUCUAUGGGGAGAGGAGUACUCAGCAGGACAUCUAUGCAGGUUCAGUGCAGCCCAUCCUAAGGCACUUGUUGGAAGGGCAGAAUGCCAGUGUGCUUGCCUAUGGACCCACAGGAGCUGGGAAGACGCACACAAUGCUGGGCAGCCCAGAGCAACCUGGGGUGAUCCCGCGGGCUCUCAUGGACCUCCUGCAGCUCACAAGGGAGGAGGGUGCCGAGGGCCGGCCAUGGGCCCUUUCUGUCACCAUGUCUUACCUAGAGAUCUACCAGGAGAAGGUAUUAGACCUCCUGGAGCCUGCAUCGGGAGACCUAGUGAUCCGAGAAGACUGCCGGGGGAACAUCCUGAUUCCGGGUCUCACCCAGAAGCCCAUCACUAGCUUUGCUGAUUUUGAGCGGCACUUCCUGCCAGCCAGUCGAAAUCGGACUGUAGGAGCCACCCGGCUCAACCAGCGCUCCUCCCGCAGUCAUGCUGUGCUCCUGGUCAAGGUGGACCAGCAGGAACGUUUGGCCCCAUUUCGCCAGCGAGAGGGAAAACUCUACCUGAUUGACUUGGCUGGGUCAGAGGACAACCGGCGCACAGGCAACAAGGGCCUUCGGCUAAAAGAGAGCGGAGCCAUCAACACCUCCCUGUUUGUCCUGGGCAAAGUGGUAGAUGCACUGAAUCAGGGCCUCCCUCGUGUACCUUAUCGGGACAGCAAGCUCACUCGCCUAUUGCAGGACUCUCUGGGUGGCUCAGCCCACAGCAUACUUAUUGCCAAUAUUGCCCCUGAGAGACGCUUCUACCUAGACACAGUCUCCGCACUCAACUUUGCUGCCAGGUCCAAGGAGGUGAUCAACCGGCCUUUUACCAAUGAGAGCCUGCAGCAUCAUGUCUUGGGACCUGUUAAACUGUCUCAGAAAGAAUUGCUUGGUCCACCAGAGGCAAAGAGAGCCCGAGGCCCUGAGGAAGAGGAGAUCGGGAGCCCUGAGCCCAUGGCAGCUCCAGCCUCUGCCUCCCAGAAACUCAGCCCCCUACAGAAGCUAAGCAGCAUGGACCCGGCCAUGCUGGAGCGCCUCCUGAGCUUGGACCGUCUGCUGGCCUCCCAGGGGAGCCAGGGGGCCCCUCUGUUGAGUACCCCAAAGCGAGAGCGGAUGGUGCUAAUGAAGACAGUGGAAGAGAAGGACCUAGAGAUUGAGAGGCUUAAGAUGAAGCAAAAAGAACUGGAGGCCAAGGUGUUGGCCCAGAAGGCUGAGGAAAAGGAGAACCAUUGUCCCACAAUGCUCCGGCCCCUUUCACAUCGCACAGUCACAGUGGCAAAGCCCCUGCAAAAGGCUGUGGUGAUGCCCCUACAGCUAAUUCAGGAGCAGGCAGCAUCCCCAAAUGCCGAGAUCCAUAUCCUGAAGAAUAAAGGCCGGAAGAGAAAGCUGGAGUCCCUGGAUGCCCUAGAGCCUGAGGAGAAGGCUGAGGACUGCUGGGAGCUACAGAUCAGCCCGGAGCUACUGGCUCAUGGGCGCCAAAAAAUACUGGAUCUGCUGAACGAAGGCUCAGCCCGAGAUCUCCGCAGUCUUCAGCGCAUUGGCCCGAAGAAGGCCCAGCUAAUCGUGGGCUGGCGGGAGCUCCACGGCCCCUUCAGCCAGGUGGAGGACCUGGAACGCGUGGAGGGCAUAACAGGGAAACAGAUGGAGUCCUUCCUUAAGGCAAACAUCCUGGGUCUCGCCGCCGGCCAGCGCUGUGGCCCCUCCUGACCAUCGUCUACUCACUCCGCCUUUUUAAAUCUUUGUAUAACCCCGUGUUGUGUAAAUACAGUUUUUGCUCCGGU